AUGUCAUACCCACCUGUGACCCGGUUCGAGACUGUGGCCGCGGCGCCGUGUCUUGUUCUGUCAUCGGUCAAAGCGUCCACUGCCUGUGUAGAUCUGGCUACACAGGACAGCUUUGCAACGUAUGUGUUCCUACAAUGCAUAAUGAGGGACGAACUCAUUCGCUUAACUGUCUUCGACAUUCGCCCCCAGAGGGUAGCGAUGUAUGGUUGUUUCUUCGAUCUUCGCAUCUUCCUUAAUAAUAAGUACAAGAUUGACGACAUGCUGAAGUCGAUCGCCACCUUAUAA